CAUACACCAUACCAAACUUAACCUGCAACGUAUUCGUCGCCCCAACUUCCUGCUUCUAUUAGUCCAGCUUCAAUCUCAGUCUCAGUCCUACCGAAGAAGAAAAAAUUCAACCGCUAUCUACUACCGAUACCGCUGGGAAUCCAAUCUCUCCGGCGCAUUCAACCCCAUUGAUUAAAUUCGUAUUCCUCGGCUCUCCGUGGUGUCGCAUCAGCUCCUCGCAAUGACGCGCUGGUAGUCGCCUACGCCCUAAUCCUCCGUAAUCCGCGGUUGAUGAUCGUAGCGAACGAGACAGACUUAAACCGCACAUCCUCUUUGUCAUGGUCGCCACUGCACCAUCCAAAUGGCUACCACGUCCAGCCAACAAUCGGCCAAUUUGGCAAACAAUACAUCCUCCAUUGCGAGGAACUCGAAUACCGGCGGCCAGCAGCUCUCCGAAUCUCCUACGCCGGGCCUGACCGGACAGUCACCAACACUAGCCGCCCCUACCGUCAAUGGCGGCGCCAAUGGCCUGCUACCUUCCACGUUACCUAAUGAUGGAUCUAUACACGCUGAUUUGAGAUUAUACCCCCGAGAUGGACGAGUGAGAAAUCCGGUUCCGAGCAAACUGAAGGAUGUUACCGAACAAAUGAAAGGGAAUUUUAGUGUUAUGCACAUGGACGUUGCUAGCCAUCGCGCAAGUGAAGGCCGCGAUGCUGCUGCGAAGCGCACUAGUGAAAGUACUGCUCUGCAGGCUAAGUUAGCUCAGACAGACACUUACGUAUCUCAUCAACGAAGGGCCAACUACCCACGGCCGCCUGGAUUAAAACAGUUUACAUCUCCUAAGAAGUCCAAUUCUACCGAACCACCGGCUUCUGCAGCUGCGGCACCAGUAGCACCAGCACCGGCACCGGCACCGGCACCAACGCCAACACCAGCACCUCCUGCCGUUGUUGAACCAGCGCAAGCCCAACCCCUUACGGUAGCGGAAACAAAGGCAGAACAAGCUCGAUUGUUGACGCUUCUGCGAACACUGGCUCCCGCUCUUGUGGUUGACCAGUUAUGCAAGGCACUCGCAUUUUUUGGUGGCAUACCUGACGCUCCACCCCCCACCGAUGGUAAAUUUCCUGAAAGCGCCGAGGCAAACGGCUCUGGCUCUCUGUUUGUUGGGUGGAUCGCCGAAAUAUUUCCUAACCUCGAUGAGCCUCGACGACGUGCCCCGAUUCCGUCUUCGCAGUACAUGCAUCCGCGGCGACCGAGGGGACGACCUAAGGGGAGUAAAGCCACCAAGUCUCGAAGCGAUAAGGGCAUUAAGAAGGGCACUAAGGGAACCUCAAGUCGAGCCCAAGAAGCUCAGGAUGAUAGUUGGGUGGAUGUUGAUGACAGCGUCCUGGAAUUAAAUGGGGAUGAUGACCUCGCUGAAAUAGAAGGGGCAUUGGCGGCUCCGAGCACGCCUCCCCGAGUUCCCGAUGCGGCACAGUACGGCAACACUCCGGCCACGGGUGGCUCGACCGGCGGGUUCAAGUCUAUCAACGACUCGAACACAAUAGCGCCGAAUUCUAGCAUAAAACGACGUGGUCGGCCAAAGGGUUCUAAGAACAAACCGAAGGAAUUGUCCGAUCCGCAACCGGCUGGUCAACCAGCUGAAUCUGCGCUUACGAACUUAAGUGUACUUCACCAAGCUGACCAUGUGUCGACGAUCCCCAUUCCGCCGAAGGUGACUCCGGUGCCAGUACCAGUGCCCAUGGGGGGUGAACAGCUGAAUAAGAAGAAGGCAAAUUCGGGACGACCUAAGGGCUCUAAGAAUCGCCCGAAGGCUCCCAAUGAGCCUACAAGUCAGGAUGCAAAUCCAUCCCAACAGCAGACACCCGAUUCAUCAAAUCACCACAAUAACCAACACUCGAAUUAUAUGGCCGGAAUCAGUCACGCGUUCACCGGUAGCAGCGCUGCGUCCGCUGUCACUAAUACCAACGCUCCUCAGAAGGAUAAACAAGUCCAGUUGCCACAACCGUCUGGUGUGUCUAAUACUCAGGCCCCAAUCCCAACUCCGCAGGUAAAAGAGUCGACAAUAAGCGGCAAGAAGCGCAAGCGCCAAUCUGCUCCUGCCAGCGCUCCUAAUCCACAGGCUGAUGGAGCCGCCAAUAGCGUUGGUGGAAGUAAUCCAAUUCCUCAGCAAGCGUCGUCUACCAUGUCUCAAGCAACUCCUACGUCGAUCUCACAAGUACAGCCAUCAGCCAGCCAGCCCAGCCAGCCUCCUGUGAGCAGCGCUGCUGCACCAUCAGCUAAGCGGUCUCGUAAAUCCCAGGAGGCGGGCUCGCUUCACACGUCCAAGCGUUCAACCCCGAAUAACUUAGGGACUAAGAAUUCCGCAUCGUCUACGACGGUAACCUUGGAUCCAGCCCGUCAGACUAGUCAAGUGACAACUCCAUCUCAGGCACAUACACAAGCCGACGGUUUAGAGGCUCAUUACGAACGGAUAGCUGCGUUACAGAACCAGAGUCUCAACGAUCAAGUGCAAGGAAAUAGCAAUCGCUCCCAAAAACAGCAGCAGCAUCACCAAGCCACCGCACCGAUUGGACAUACAGUCUCUCCGAUUCCUGCAGAGGGCUUAGAAGCUCACUACGAACGAUUCACUGCCCUCCAGAACCGGCAGGAGAAUCCUAGACAAUCGACGGCUAGUCGCCAACAGAUGCAACAGCAGACCGCUCAGACCGCCUCGCCUAUUCCAUCACAGACAUCAAAGGGGCCCCAGAUGCCUUCUACCUUGACAUCACAUCAACAGACUAGGACAACGCAGAGCUAUUACCCCCAAGCACAGACUCUCAGCUCAUCUUACAACGCACAGGCCCCCUCGUACUCUACGAACCAACGGCAACCUCAACAUAUGGCUACCGGAUCUCCUGGAACCAGCCUUGUACAACACAUGACCAAUUCUCCUCAGUUUGGUGCACAGUCUAAUUCGCCUCUGAUGCAAGGGGACGCUAAUUACAGAGGAUCACCAUCGUUGGUCCAUAAUAACCCAGGGUAUCCGCCCCGUCGGACGCCCUCGGCAUCACCUCUCGAUAAUAACUACCGUACGAGCAGCGGCACCGGCCACGGCGUGUCUAAUCACUCGCCUCAUUUCGGAGCGCGUCAGACCCCGACGACUACUCAUAGCACGUCACAUCCUACAAUGCCGUCCGCCUUUGCGCCCUUCACGGAGUCGAAUUUGUUCGAUAUGCAAAGCUUGGAUUCUAGUAAUAAUCACGGUGGGCUUGGACUUGGCACCGGCUCAUACGGCCUUAGUGGCAGUGGCAUACCCUCGCAGCAGCGAACAACUGGCUCGAGCGCCACAUCCCUCUACUCUUCAACCACAGGAAUGAGUAAUAAUUACCUGUCUUCAAAUGUCGGUCGUACCACCCAGAAUAGGUGGCCCUCAUGAAUUAACUCAUGUCACGAUAUAUGGAGGUUCGGAAAGCGCUGGGGAAAGGGUUCAAUUUGCACAUGAUAUACGACGGAAUGUGGCGUUUAUAGGCAAGGGACGAAAAAAAUAUAAAGC